CAAACAUGGCAGCGGCCGCUCGGAGGCUCCGCGCUGCGGUGGCGGCUCUGACGACGACGAGGAGCAGUCACAGGAAUAAAUAAGACCCGUCCACUUCUCCUUUUCCUCCUCCUCCAUCCCACCUCCUAAUAAUGUGGAAACUCAACAAGAGCGGCAAAGUUCUCCUGGAUGAUUCUCCAGAGGAGGAAGAGAGCCAUCUGCAUGAUUCACCGCUUCCACCAUCACCAGCAGCCACCUUCUCAGCACAGAACAAGGAUCCAUAUCUUCAUGAUGAAGUUACAUCCUCUGUUUCACAGCUUGCAACAAAGGUUCAAGGUGCAGGUUUUCGGGGUUGGAAAGAAGUAACAUCCAUAUUCAAUAAGGAUGAUGAACAACAAUUACUAACAGGAUCUAAAUCUCCAAAAUCUAAAGGGACAAGCUUAAAAUCAAAAGACGAUGUGAAGUCGGAAAAGAAAGCUGGAUUUUGGGACAGUUUGGUGAUAAAACAAAACAUCCAAUCCAGGAAGCCAGAUGAGAUUGAGGGCUGGGAGCCGCCACAGCUUCCUGCCAGUGACCACCUCAGCGAUGCAGGAAAUACUUUAAGUGACUAUCCUCCAUCUUGGUCCGGCUGGGAAGAUGAAACCAAAGGCUCCACAAAAUACACAAACCUGGCAAGCUCAGGAAAUAGCUCAAGGUGGAGUAUCAAAUCAGCUGGAAGGUUGGUUAGCAUUAGGCGACAAAGCAAAGGUAACCUUACCGAUAACUGGGAAGAAUUAGAAUGAUACAAAGAAUGUGAAAUGUUCUAUAACUGAUAAUAGGUAACAUGAUUUAUGUAUAUCUUCAAACCAAAAUCAAACUGCUUAAUAUUGCACCUUUUUACAGAAGAAUAUUAUUCAAAUUGUUCAAUAGGUUGCUCACUUUACUGAAAGUUUUUUAGUCGCUUUGUUUUCCAUGCUGAACAAAGUCAAAUACCUAUUUUGUGCCUAUAUUUCAUACAUUCAUACUGUCUAGCAUCUUGGUUUGCUUUUUAAAAAAAACCUUAAUGAAUGUAUACACUGGUUGAAUAUUGACUGCCUUACUUAAGAACUUCACUAGUUUGAAGUUCUAGAUUUCUUGGUCUUUUGACAUCGUAAGUUUAUAUUUUGAAUGCUGUCCCUGUUAUGUAAAAAUUCUGAUUCUCAGCUGACACUGUGUUGUUUCAGCUUAAUACAUUGCUUUCCUUGUCCUUAGUAUGAACACAUGAUUCUCAGGAUGAAGUAUCAGAAAUCCUGCAUUUUCCCAAAGCACUGAGUUGUACAUGAAGCAUGAGAACUCCAGAUUCAUGUGCUUUUCUUCUUCCAUUACACAAACUUGAUAGAUAAGUAAAAUAAGGCUUCCACAUAAUAUACUGUUUGAUCUAUAAUUCUGCUAAAACAGGUUUGCAAUCAUCCCAAACUCAAUUUUGUAAACACCACUGAGGUGAAAGCUAAGGCCUGAUUUAUGUGUUCCCUAAGUGCUGUAUUAAACACCAGAAAUCGCUUCCAUGUGUUUGGGCUCCACAUUGCAGGAGUAACACAAGCAAGGGCUGAUCAGUUCGGUUACUUGGAUCACAGGGAUACUUCCCUUGCCAGUGCUGCCAUUCAACUGGAUCUUUGUCUACAUUACCACUGCAGCAUGAAGCCUGCCCACAUAGAAUGUAGAAAUCAGGCCUGAGUUUCAGAAAAUUCACCCCAUAUGUAAACCUUAUUCAUCAAUUUAGAGGCACUUUUCAACUUUUGGCAUCACCCCUUAAACUACAUGAUCCAUGUUUCUCUUUUGUAGGAUGUGACGAUCUCUCUGUGCUUUUUCAGGGUGACAAGAGGUUAAUGUUCUGUCUUUGCUGUGUACAAGGGUUCUUUUAGUAUGUGUAUUUGCUGUUAUGAGGUUUAGUCUUACUGGUUGCUGCUAAUUACUUCUUAUUACUAAAAAGGAACUAUGCAUUAUAAUGCACGUGGGAGAUUGGAAAUGUAUUGUAAAGUUUAGGGUCCCCCCUUAAAUAUUUUCACAUGUCCAUUUUAUUUAAAAUUGUCCAAUUUAUGGGAUUAAAGUGACAGAAGGACAUACUACUAUGAUAAGAGAAGAAAAACUUCCAGUACAUCAUUUGAAUUCUGUUUCAAUCAUCAAGGAAGAAAUGUAUCAGAUGCAUGUGUGUCUUUCUGCACCUGUCAUAGUCAAAUUCUAAUCUCAAACUGAAUGUUUGAUAUAUAAUACAAGAUCAUCUUUGAUAAUUUUUAAUGAUCAGAAUAACUGAGCAUCACAACCUUUUCUGUUCUCAUGAUGGCUCCAUCUACCAGUUUCCCUCAAGGUCUGGAGACCGAACUGGCUAAAAAUUAUCUUACAACAAAGUGUUAGAUCUUUGCAGAAGGAAUAGCAAUGCCAACACCACUUGGGGAAAGUAGCAAGCUGUAAGUAACAGAGGGAAUAUAGGAGACAGGAGCCACCAGAGAGCCAUCAGCUAACUACCACUACUAUUGAUUUGAAAUAUGAAGACAACAUUAAAAGUGCCUUGUUCUUUAAUAGUCCACCAUAUAAAUGCUCAGUAAGACAUUUUAACCACUUUCUUGCUGUUCCUUAUGUACACUUGCUUAAUUUCUGUCUUAAGGUUCUAGAAAAUGAAUGUUUAAUCCAAAAAUGCUAGUAUAUUUCUUCUCCCUCAGUUAAAAAUCUUUACUUGACACUCAUACUGAGCCUAUAUACCACUGUUUAUGUAAUAAUCUUAUUCAGCAAUAUGGACACCAAAAAGCGAAGUUCAAGAUUUGCUUCCAACAAUCAGCAGCUUUUAAAUGAAACCAACUAUUUUGUAACUAUGCAGAGGGUUUCAAUUUCAUACAUUCCCCCCCCCCCAAUUUCAUAGCCCAGGCCACAUAAAGACUUUACAAUACUCUCAUGUGGCGGAAUAAGGGAUUCCUACAGGCCUCAGAUAUAUUCGCCUCUCCCUUCCUCUCCAUAAACACACACAGGUUUCCCAGCCUCCUUCAGCAGUAUAAAUACUGUCCAAUGUCUUUGAACAGACAUAAUCCUUUCCCUUUGACCUCUUGCUACUCCUGCUCACUUUAAGAAACUCCUCUGCCAGCAAGAGUUUGUGUUCUACCUGCUUUUACAAAAAUUACAGGAUUCUGAGACUAGUCUGCCACAACUAGGGAGUGCUUGUGUAACAAGAGAAUUAUCCUGUUAUGUUCAAGUAGCCCACAACUUGGAUUGGGACUGUUAGCUACCUCUUUCUGCUUACUUUUUUCCCUCCCAGAGAGAAGUGUUUGAAAUUGGUAAAUUGGUGGCAUCUGUGCUGAUUUGAGGGAGGCUUGAAAACAGCAUAUCUUUUCAAACAUGUAAUAAUGAAGUUAUAUCUCAAACAUGAUUGCUGUGGAAAAAUUCAUUCUUUUGCUUUGGAGGGCUGGGAUUUUGAAGUAAAGUUACAACUGAACCUGUAGUGAACAUGAAGAUUUGUUUAGGCAAGUUAAAAAAAAUCAAGUGCAAGCCAGUCAAAGUUAACCACAGUUAAGCUCCAUUCAGUUUAAUGGAAGAGUUAAACGCAUGUUUAACUUUCUCCCAUUUGAAUGCGGUAGGACUUAACACUGCUUAACUUUGACUAGUUCAUGCCCUGUUUUUAAUUUUAAUUUUUUGGUCUUAGAUGUAACUGCAGAAUAUAGCCAUUUUCUUUAUGCAAAGAAUUCUUGAGUUUACCGUUUAUGGAGGACCUUCAUACAGAAGGAGCAGAAGUGUGAUAUGUUGGCACUGAAUCUGACAUGGAAAGAACUCACCCAAAUGAUAGCGGAGCAGAGUCAGGAACUCAGUGUUUACUACUAGUAGGAGUUUUUAUACUGUGACAAGUAGAGGUUCUGCCAUUCACAUUAUACUGCCAAGUGCCUGUACUUCACCUUGAUGACUUUCUUGUGGUACACAGUUUAAUUCCAUGUGGAAGUAAUAUUCACACAUGUGUGCUGUGUUUAGAUAGCCAACAAAGGAUAGUGUUAUGAAGCUGAAGCUUACUGUAAAACUAACAUCCAAUAUUCUGGAUCCUACAUGUUGGCUUAGAUUGUUGUAGCGUAAGUAACAGGCUUGUGCUACUGAUGUGACCUUCUGCCUAAAAAGCAGGACAUUUCGCUAGUUCUGCCCUACUUUUCAGAAGACUGUUCCUUUUGCUGCUCACAGUCACUUGACAGGCAAACCUUUGCUACAGCCUCCACUCAAGACCUGUGGAUCAUAAGGCAUGCCUAGCCCUGCUUCCUCCUUGACCUUCACCAUUGCAUAUGUUGCCACGAACAGUGACUCUGAGGCAAGCAUCAGUAGCCAGCUGCCUUCUAGAUCUCUUCCCAAGCACUGGACGUGGUGUGGUGUGGUGGUAUUGCCUUCUUAUUUGGUCUUAAUACUGGAUCCUGUGGUGGAUGGCAGAUCCAUAGAUCAGACCCCAAGUAGGCUUUUGAGAUAUAAAGUACAGUCUGAUUUAUUUAAGCUAUAAAAGAUUUAUUUUUAGAAAAAAUGGAACACAAUCCAUCAAAAGUUAUGCACUUUCAUACCUCAUUGAUUUCUAUAGUGUUUAAUACUUUUUACUCUCUCAUCGAAGUCAAUGGGAUAUAAGUGUCCUUCACUCUGGCAGGAUCGUGCCCAUGUUUUCCUAAAGAAUAAUUGUUUAAUUUUAAUGGCAGUAAUUAAAAUUUAAUAUAAUUUAUUGUUGUGCUUUUGUAGAAUUAUUUGUUUGAAAGAGGCUUGCCUUUUGUGGUCUUUUAUUUGUUUGGCAAAUUUUUAUUCUCUCUAUCCUUUUAAAGUAUCGCUAUCUAGAGAUGUGUGGGCUUGUUUUCUUCUUCUUCUCUUCUUUUUUGCUUUGUAACUAUUUGAUUUUAUGUCCACUGGUUUUAAAGAAGAUACCAUUGCGAUUGUAUUCUGAGAUUGCACAAUGUAAUGAUUCAAAUACUGUUUAUGUUGCCUUUUCACUGCACCUAUGCAUAAUUCUUGGCUUGAACUCAAUGAAGUUGAAACGCUUUAUGUGGCUGUAACUAGUCACUUAAUGCUCACGUGUUUCCUUUUCUCUGGUAUUUUAUUAGUUUCACUUCAGAAAUAUAGUAUUUUCACAGAUGAAUAAAAAAUUAG